AUGAAAUUAGGAUAUAAUGAAAUAAUGAUAGUAUCAAUAUAUUUUAAUGAUAUUAAUGAUUUUAUUAAUUUAGAAAUUGGAAUUAAAAGAUUUCAAGGAAAUAUGGAACGAUUUCAUUUUAAUCCAAUUCCAUUAAAUGAACGUUCAAGAAAAUUGUUUCCUAAUAUUGAAACAUUUCAUAUUUAUAAUGAAAAUGAUGAAAUAUUUAAUGAUGGAAAAAUAUUUAAAAAAGUAAUAUGGUAUUUAGUAGAUUAUUCAACACAUUUAAAAGAAAAAGAAGCAGGAAAUAUAUGUAAAAAUAUAGAAUAUACAAAAUCAGAUAGAGAAGAAUAUGGAAAUAUAGUACCACAUGAAGUUAAAUCACUUGGAGAUCAAUGUUUUAAACAUUGUACAUCAUUAAAAUCAAUUAACAUACCAACAACAAUUAGUGAAAUAGGACAAGGAUGUUUUAGAGGAUGUUCAUCAUUAAAAUCAAUUAGUAUACCUUCAUCUGUUAGUAAAAUAGGAUAUUAUUGUUUUUUUGAAUGUACAUCAUUAACAUCUUUCACUAUACCAACAACAAUUAGUAUAAUAGGACAUGGAUUUUUUUGCAAAUGCAUGUCGUUAAAAUCAGUUAAUAUGCCAUCAGUUAGUAGAAUAGGAUAUUGCUGUUUUGGUGAAUGUACAUCAUUAACAAGUAUAGUCCUUGAAAAUAUACAGUUUAUCAGUGAAAAAAGAAUAUUUAUGAAUAAGCCAGUGCUAAUUAGUUUUGAAAUACCAUACAACCUACAAAAAAUCAAUGGAGAGAAUAUUGAAAAGAAAGACAUCAAUGAAUUUAUUAUUCCAACUAUAAUAAGUGAAUUAAGUGAUAGUUGUUUUAGCAAAUGUGUAUCAUUAACAUCAAUUAAUAUUCCAACAACAAUUAGUGAAUUAGGAACUUGGUGUUUUAGUCAUUGUUCGUCAUUAAAAUCAAUUAAUAUUCCAUCAUCUAUUAGUAAAUUAGGAUAUGAAUGUUUUUCAGAUUGUUCAUCAUUAACAUCUAUAAAUAUGUAUAAUCUACAAUACAUUAGUAAAGAAAGAAUAUUUAUGAGUGAACCAGUAUUAUUUAGUAUUGAAAUACCAAAAAAUCUACAAAUAAUUAAUGGAAAGAAUGUUGAAAAGAAAGAUAUUAAUGAAUUUAUUAUUCCAUCUUCAAUUACUAAAUUAGAUAGACGGUGUUUUUAUUGGUGUGAAUCAUUAACAUCAAUCACAAUUCCAACAACAAUAAGUGAAAUAGGAUAUAAUUGUUUUUAUUGUUGUACAUCAUUAAAAUCAAUUACUAUACCUUCAUCAAUUAGUGAAUUAGGAUAUUGUUGUUUUAAAGAAUGUUAUUCAUUAACAUCAAUUAAUAUACCUUCAUCAAUUAGUGAAUUAGGAUAUUGUUGUUUUAAUAAUUGUUCAUCAUUAACAUCAAUUAACAUACCAUCAUCAAUUACACUGUUUGGAGAAUAUUGUUUUUGUGGCUGUGGUUGUACAGAAGAGUUAAAGAAGAAUAAAACAAUACCAAGAGGAUCUUUUGAACACAUACAGUGA